AGAUGGCGGCCUCCAUGGUGGCGGGUCUGGGCCGCUUGGGCCUGCGGAGCAUGGAAUCCUUACUUUGUCCUGCCAGAGCGGCUCCGACCUGCCUUGUUGUCCCCAUGAGGACAAAGCGGAAGGCGUCUGUCCCCCACUGGAGCGUAGAGCAGUCCAUUAAAGAGAGGGAGAAGAGAUUCCRAGCUUCAAUGAUGGCAGCUCCCGAGGAGCGCAUGGAACGGUCCUUCUAUUUGGCCUGCACAGCUGAUAUUAUUGACCCGUACGUCCCUCCUGAAGGUGACGCUCGCUUGACCUCUCUGUCUAAAGAUGGGCUGAAGCAAAAGAUGGAGAAGUUGAAGCAAAGCGCUGCGUCCCAGCUGGCCCUGCGGAAGUUAAAAAACCAUGAUCCGAAUUUCAGCACUAAAACCUUUCCAGAGAAGGCCCAGGAGAUAUUCACUGAAGCUCACAAUUCCCUGGCAAAUUUUAACAAGCAGAAACUUCACUCCUUGGUGACAGAGCGCUGCUACUCGGAGAUGGUCCGUGGGAACAGGUAUAAAACCAUCCGGUGGAGCUUCAUAGAGUCGCUGGAACCUCCCAGGGUGGUUCAGAUCCGAUGUGACAGCAUGGUGAAUGAAGGCAACCUGUACGGCCAGGUGACAGUGCGGAUGCACACUCGACAGAUGUUGGCCAUCUACGACCGGUUUGGGCGGCUGAUGUAUGGUGGGGAGCAGGUGCCCAAGGAUGUUUUGGAGUAUGUUGUCUUUGAGAGGCACCUGGUCAACGUAUAUGGCACGUGGAGGAUGCACGGCAAGAUCGUUCCGGCGUGGGCUCCUCCAAAGGACCCCAUUGUCAAGACCGUGAUGAUUCCUGGCCCAACUUUGAAACCCUCACAAGAGUACGAAGAAAUCAAAUAGGAAAUUCCAGAGCCUGUGCAGAUGCAAUGGUACAGACAACCCUGCAGUUGGACUGUGGAUGUUUGUUAAUGGCUAGCUUCCUGAAAGGACUGAAGAACAGCACUGAAAAAUUAAUAAAAUAGACUCCUAAGGUC